ACGGCGGCCGUGGAAGCCCAAGAAUCCCUUUGGUCGAGGCGGGCGAGUCUGAAUGGGGUCGAUGAAGGAGCACGGCAGCGGCGGGGACGCGCCGGAGACGCGCGAAAGAAGGCCGGUCUUCACCCUGGACGAAGUGGCGAAGAGAAACACCGACAAGGAGACCUGGCUGGUCAUCAGCGGGCGCGUCUAUGACGUAACCCGCUUCCUCAGCGAGCAUCCAGGUGGAGAGGAGGUUCUGCUUGAACAAGCUGGUAAAGAUGCCACUGAGAACUUUGAAGACGUUGGCCACUCUAUGGAUGCCCGAGAGAUGCUUGACCAGUACCUUAUAGGAGAGGUUCAUCCGUGUGACCGUAAUCCUAAUGCCUCCAAGGUUCCAAGCAAGUCUCCCUCGAAAGAAUCAAGUUUCUGGACAGCCUGGCUGAUCCCUGUUUUGGGAGCCAUAGUCUUGGGAUUGAUGUAUCGCUACUACGUGAUGGAUGGGAAAUCCUCCUGAUUUGACCUUGCUGAAGCUUUAGGACUGGAAACCAUGCCUUGCCACUGAAAAUGGUGGGGUCUUACUAAAUUCUGAUGAACACCUAGAUGUUGUCCUUCACUUGUAUCAGUCAGUCCAGCAGCCCUGGUGUCUGCAAAGCCAAGCAGGAAUUUGGUGGGGCCCACUGUUAUCUUUCUUGUAACUGCAGAAACAGCAACUUCCUGCCAUUCCAUGGCAUGGCAUUUCUGUCACCAUUGACCAUGAGUCACUUUUCAUCCAGCAGCUUCUGGUUCGUCGUGAUGGUGCCUCUGAUCCAUGCCAGCCUGUCCCAUUAAGUACCAGCAGAAUGAGAUGGCAUGCUGUCAACAUUCCUCUUUAGCAGGAGACCAGCAAGAGAAAUGGCUCCACCAGCACAGCGCAGACUGGGAACGGCGGCACACCUGCCUCUUCUCGGGUGUUUUCCUUCAGCUUCUUUCUGUACAUGGUUUUUGAAACGGUUAAAUGGGUACAUUUUUGUUUCAGUCUUCUGGUUUACAUAGUCCUAACUGUCUGCCUUUUUAAUCUGCCUAAUCUGUAAUAAAGGACUCUCCAAUUAACUCUG